GCUGCAAGAAAAAAUUUCAAAACAUUUCCAUUUUCUGUACUUUUGGAGACUUCAGAAGCAAAAUAGGGUUUAUAGCAUAAACCCAAAGGCCAAAUCUCCUCUCUUCUGCCCCGAUAACUUACAGGGGUUUGCCGAGUUCUCAUUCUGAAGCCGAAACCGGCGUUCUCUUCAAAACGCUUCAGUUUCCGACAACCAUGAGCAGGGGACCCGGUCUCUUCUCUGAUUUCGGCAAGCAUGCCAGAGAUUUAUUGAACAGAGACUACAACAGUGACCAGAAGUUUUCCAUCUCUUCGUCUACCGGGAGCGGAGUGGCACUCGUUUCCAGUCUUUCAAAGAAGGGAAGUCUCUGCUCUGGGGAUGUAGCAACACAGUACAAACAUAAGAAUACCGUAGUUAAUGUCAAGAUUGACACUGAGUCAAAUAUAUCGACAACCUUCAGUAUCUUUGACAUCCUGCUAUACUCAAAAGUGAUUGCUUCAUUUAAGCUGCCUGAUCAAAACUCUGGCAAGUUGGAAGUUCAGUAUUUGCAUGAACAUGCAUCUUUCACUACAGCUGUUGGUCUGAAGCACUCGCCAGCUGUUGAUAUCUCGGCAACCAUUGGUACUCCUACCGUUGCAUUUGGAGCAGAAGCAAGCUACAUGACUGCUUCUGGUGAAUUUUUGAAGUACAAUGCUGGAGUGAGCUUGAAAAAAGCAGACUGCAGUGCUUCGGUCAUUCUGUAAGUCGUUUCUUUUUCCCCAGAAGUCAGAAGCUAUGCCUCCCCUUCCUUCCUGGUUAACUGUCCCUAGAUGCACUUCUAACGUAAAUUAGAGGAAACUGCAGAAGGUCAAUGUAUUUAGUUGUUGAAGUAGGUGUCCAUAUACUCAGUUGUCAAAAUAGGUGUUCACAGUACAGGGGAAACUAAGAAGGAAAU